GAAGGAGGGGGAGGAAAAAAGGGAACAGAAACAUGGCGGUCAGCUGUCGGGACGGCGGUGCUGCGGGAAGCUCCUAGGAGACCUGCCGCCCGCAUCGUACAGCCGCCAGGAGAGCCGAUUCGCCGGCGCGGGCUUCAGCUCCCGGCCGUUACCCUUGGCUGCAGGCGGCGCCCCUCGGGACCCAGGCGGACAGGCGGCGCAGGCGCAGAUUGGGCCGUAGCGGCGGCCGCCGGAGCAAGUCCCCCGCCCUGCCCGGCCGAGGGCGCCCAGGCAGCGAACCGGCGCUUGCACGCCCCAGGAAGGAGUUUUGUCUGGGUGGCGCUGACGAAGGAGUUGGCGGCAGGAACUCAAAUAGCAGCCAUGAUAGAAGACAAAGGACUGAGAGUGACAGACUACUUUGUUGUGGCGGGUCUCACUGAUACAUCUACUCUUUUGGAUCAAGAAGUAAAUCGUUUAGAUACUAAGUCAACUGGACCUAAAGCUCCAAUUACAGACAUUGCUGUUAUUAUCAAAUCAGCUGGGGAAGCAGUCCCUGAAGGUUACACCUGUGUUGAAGCCACUCCAUCAGCUCUCCAAGCGAAUUUGAACUAUGGAAGUCUGAAAAGCCCAGAACUUUACCUCUGUUAUAAGAGAGGGAGAGAUAAACCACCCCUUACAGAUAUUGGAGUUUUAUAUGAAGGGAAGGAACGGCUUAUUCCAGGCUGUGAAGUGAUCCAAGCCACACCCUAUGGUCGCUGUGCCAAUGUCAACAAUAGUUCAACUACUUCACAAAGAAUCUUUAUCACUUAUCGAAGGGCUCCUCCGAUUCGACCCCAGAAUUCCUUGGCUGUAACUGAUAUCUGUGUUAUUGUAACCAGUAAAGGAGAAACACCACCUCAUACCUUUUGUAAAGUUGACAGAAACUUAAAUUGUGGAAUGUGGGGUUCCAGUGUGUUUCUUUGUUAUAAGAAGUCUGUACCUGCUUCAAAUGCAAUAGCAUAUAAAGCUGGCUUAAUUUUUAGAUAUCCAGAAGAUGACUAUGAGUCAUUUCCACUCUCAGAAUCUGUACCUCUUUUCUGUCUCCCUAUGGGAGCCACGAUUGAAUGCUGGGACCCUCACACCAAAUAUCCACUUCCAGUUUUUUCAACUUUUGUUCUGACAGGUUCUUCAGCUGAAAAGGUAUAUAUUUGCCUCAUUGAUUAAACCUAUUUUGUCCAUGUUUUUAUCCCUUAAAAUGGUUAUUAUAAGUUAUUUGAAUGUUAAGUUUAUUUAGAAAUGAUACAUUUUGGUUUAAAAUUAUACUAUAAUGCUCAAGAUGAAAAGUUAGCAUUAAAAUUGGCACCAGGAUACUAAAACUCCUGGAGCAUUUACAGAGGCAAAUAUAAGGUCUCUCUGGAAAGGCAUUCCCAAAACCUAUGACAUCUAGGGACCAUAGAAAGAGUCAGGAAAACAUAAUUAAAGACUGGCUUAGAUUCUCAAGACACUGAAAUGACUGAAUGACAAUGUAAAAGAUGUUAUAAGUGGAACAUAUAAUUGAAAUGAUAUGCAACGUAAUA